AAAGAAGAAGUGACGCGGGAAGUUUCCAUUGCGCAUGUGUGAAAGUCUGUAGUUUCGGGCGGGCUGAUUCAAAAUAAGAUGGAUUUAAUAUCUGCGCUGCAGUUUCUCAAGUUAAAUGAAAUCCCAAAAGCCUGGGUGGACGCAGUGUGGGACUUAGAGUUCACAGAGAGAAAACCACUGGAUGACACCAUAGAAGAUGAACUCGCAGUCAGUGGAGACAAGGCCUUCAGAACCCUGUACCAGUGUUUACUGACCCAUGCUGCUGACCAACAAGAGUCUGCAGGCAGAGAUGGAUCUUCACAGAGUAUCUGGGCGGUUCUGGGGGAGAAUGGGGUGUCCAUCAAGUCUCUGGUGGCCGUGCUGUCCUUCUUUGUCCUGGCGGCAAAAGCCACGACAGCUAACAUCCAGCAGAGGGUGAGAGGUCUGCAUGCUGCCUCACUCUACCUGCUGCUGCUGGGAAUCCCAGGGAGCAUCGCCAACAAGGUUUUCCAUGAGGUUUUGAUGGACAUAUGUUCAGACUUGACCUCUCAAUGCUGGCCUCAGGACUCUGGAAAAAAGCGCAAGAAGGACGUACUGAAGAGUUCUCAGGCAGAGGGCAAACGCUCCAAACCACAGCGGAAAGACACUGCAGAGAUGGAAGUGGAUGAGGAAGAGGAGGAGGAAGAAGAGGUUCAUUUCUCCGGCCAGGACUUGAUGAAGAUCAGAGAUGCUGUGGUUCUCCUGAUUCAAAGUCUCCUCAGACUCCUGCAGGCAUUUCCACUCAAAGAUAGACCACAAAGCGCCGGCAACUGCACAAAAAUCUUCAGCAAGCUGCUUUACUUUGAGCCGGUCAUUGGAGAGUUAACCUUUACUGCUCCACAAGAUAUCACCGAGCUGAGGAGUGUUCCUGAGAUGGCUUUCUUUGGCCUGAAGCUGCUCUGCUUGCCAAAACAUGGAGACCAGAAAGAAUCCCUGCGGAGGGUUUUCCACCAGCUUCUCUACGUGAUCCUGAUGAUGAACAAAGGCAACAGAGGGAAGCCCUCACUCCUCGUACCCAGCCAGACUGUCCUUUCCACCCGCGACCGGGCCAUCCAUUUUGUUUGUCAUCUUGUGGAUGAGCUGAAAGAGCUGGCACUGCCUUUCCUGCAAAUCCUCCUGCAGCACAUCUGCUUCCAGAUGGUGGAGAAGAGCGAGUUUCGAAGCCAUGGAGCACAGGCUGUGGGUAUGUUGACGUCUCAGAUGGCAAGUACAGACUAUGCCCGCUUCAUCAAGUGGCUGUUAAACUUCUCCAGACACACUAAGAUGGUGUGCCGGCUGUUUUCUGUGGAUGUGGUGAUGGUUUUGCUGGAGCAGCCAGAGAGGAGGCCGGAAGAGUGUCAGGAUGAAGAUCUCCGUUGCUUCCUGCCACACAAGUUCCUGAUCCAGAGCCUGCUGUUCGCUCGGCGGAUGGAUGACUCUCCCACCGUCCAAAGCCAUGCCCUUGCCUCCUUGGCCCAGUGUCUGGAGCUGCCUUCACUCAACGUCACCCGGGCCGUCCAUAACCUCUUCUCUGCUACUGGAACCCAGACAGUGUUGGACGGAGAAAUCACAGAAGGAAGCCUCAGCUCCCAGCAGACUCAGAAAACCUACCGCACGCUGCCAUUCAGAACUGUGGAGAUUAGCAGCACUGUCAGCUCCGACUGUGACGUGAAAGAGAACCUGGCUCUGCUCCUGCGGCGGGUGAAAGACUCCAAGACUAACGUGAGAAAAUCUGCACUGCAGGCCUUGGUGGGUCUUCUGAAGCACAAUGUGAUCCCCAUGACCUGGGAUAACCUGGCUACACUGUCGGAGCGCUGCAGAGACCCGGCUGUGUCUGUGAAGAAGAAGGCCCUGCAGUGCGUGGGAGAGCUGCUCACUGCUAAACCAGAGUGCAGUGUGGUGCAGAAGGCAUGGCUGCAGGGUGUGGUGCCAGCUGUGGUGGACUCUGAGAACUCAGUACAGGACAAGGCCCUGGAGGCUCUGGACCAGAUGCUGCUCAGCCAGGUCAAACCAUACUCUGCCAACCACCACCUGGAUGCCAGUCAGAGGCUGACCUGGGAUCUGCUGGGCCUGCUCUGUCACGAGUGCAGGAACCUCAGCCAAUACUUCAGCAGGGCCUUCACUAUCUGGUCCAAGCAGAACAAAUUCACAAAGACGUUCAUCACCAACCUGAUCUCACACACUGAGGCUGACCAUGCCGCUGGAGCCUGGCUGCUGCUCUCUAAGGUUGUUGCUUCGUCCCCCAAACUGCCCUAUGGCAAGAUCUUGGACACCUGGGACAGCAUGGUCAGUUCAAAGGAUGUAAAUGUGACAACCUGCUGUCACAUCCUGAGUGUGAUGGGAGACAUCACCACACAUUUGAAUGAGGACACCAAAGACAGGAUAGUUGGUGAUCUGAUGUCAUGGUUAAAGGCUUUUACUUUGUCUCUGGAGGUGAUCUCAGCUGCUGUGGAGACUCUUUAUCAACUUGGCUGCAGUGAAGAUGUCAAACAGACUCAGGCGUUUCUGGACCAGCACUGUGGUGAACUGGUGUCGAUCUGUGAGGCUUAUUUAGCCAGCAUCAUCCUGAGCGAAAAGGGAGCACAGAAUUUCAAUGAGGAACUGAUGGUAAAACACCUCCACACCCUGGGUGUGGCGUCACUCCACUGUCCUGCCAAGGUUGGCAAAAGGACAGUGUUGCUGGUGGAAUCCGUCCUCACAACACACUCUGGCAAACUGGCAGAGUGUCCUGAGGAGCUGCCAGCAUCUCUGCCCCUGUCUCAGUUCAAAGCAAACUCUCUGUCUACCAGAGUCAGAGCUCAUGGAGUCAUUGCUUUAGGUAAACUGUGUCUGCAGCAUGAGGAACUAGUCCAGAAGUACCUGCCGGUGUUUGCCAGGGAGCUGGAGGUUGGCACCGAGGUGGCUGUGCGCAACAAUGUGGUUGUGAUUAUGUGUGAUCUGUGUGUUCGAUACACCAACAUUGUGGAUCACUACAUCCCCAACAUCUCAGCUUGUCUGCGAGACAAUGAAGCUGUCAUCAGGGAGCAGACUCUCAUCAUGCUGACCAACCUGCUCCAGGAGGAAUUUGUGAAAUGGAAGGGCUCUCUCUUCUUUCGCUUCAUGGUGGCGCUGGUCGACCUGGUCCCUGCCAUCGCAAGUUUGUGCGAAUACUGCCUGCUCCACCUGCUGCUAAAGAAGAACCCAGAAAUGUUCAGCCAGCACUUCAUCGAGUGCAUCUUCCACUUCAACUCCUACAACAAACACAAGUCCUACAACAAGUUCCCUCAAAGUGAGAGAGAAAAGGCUCGGUUCUCCCUGAAAGGAGCUCAGCACCGCGAGAAGCGUUUUCGCAUCUACCGCUUCCUGUUGGAGCACUUUACAGACGCCCAGCGCUUCAACAUCACCAUGAAAAUCAACCAAACUGUCUUAGCAUGCUUUGCAGACGAGGAGUUACCUCUUGAUGCAGAUGGUGCGGAAAUUUUGUCAGAGACUUUCAACAUCUUGAGUCUGAAGGAGAUGAAGCUGCAGGCCGUAUCUACUCCAGCAGGAGGUGCUACAGGGGAUGACCCAGAGGAAGAGAACAUGGCCACCAUGGCCAAGGCUGUCCUGCAGGCCGCACAGAAGAAGGUGGUGUCACAGGUUCAGAAGAAGGCCUUCAUAGAGAACUCAGUUCCUCUCAUCAUCAGUCUGAAGAACCUGCUGGAGCAGAAACGCUCUCCUGUCCUCCGAGACCUCAUGGCCUACCUUCAGGUGACGAUGCAGGACUACCGUAACGAGGUUAAGGAGUUUUUCUCUGGAGAUGAGCAGCUGGCAGCUGAGGUUGACUUUGCUCUGAAGAUGUCUGAGAAGGAGAGAGAGAUGGAGCAACAGAUGGACAACUGCAACUUGACAGGAGACACCAGGACUCCCACUGCACAGCGUUCAGUCCAGGGCUCUCCCGUCAGGUCCAGGCCCCUCCUUCCGUUUAUCUUUGCCACACCACAGCCGCCACGUCCAAACCCCCUGUCUGCCAGACUGGCACAAACUGACAGGCGUGCGGACAGAGUCAGGCAGGAGGAACAUGUCCAGUCUAAAUCAAUCGCUCUGGAAAGAACAGUGAUGCCGAAAGGAGCAGUGACGGACAGAGCCAUCAGCACACCAAAAGGUGUCAACAUCAAUUUAACUUUUGAUGAAGGACUCAGCGCAAUCUUCAGUGACCGAGGAACAAGUCUCGUCGGGGAGACCAGUGUUCUUCAUGUGCGGUCAAAUGAGCAGCAAGUUCCUGGACCAAGGCAGUGGAAUGUGCAGUCUCCUCUCCGCCAGAAGAAAAAAUCAUCUAAAGUUUAGUUGCCAUACAGCGUCAUGUCUUUGCUUCUGUUUUUUGUCUUUACACAACUGCUAAUUUUAUUACUUCUUACAUCUCCAUUUCUAUCUAUGUGCUGUUGAUUCAUAUUUUAUAAUCUUUGUUAUUGGUAUGUUUGUAUCACUGUUUGUAUUUUUUUUUUGUAAUAAAGGUGAGCAUGAUGUCAAUACA